CCCGUAUCUCUAAAGAAUUUUUGUGCAAAAAGUGGCUCCUAGCGGCCAAAUUCUAAGAAAAUUCUCAGAGGCAUGACGUUUUCUUAGAAUUUCCCCUAAAAGUGACACGAAAAUCCCAGUUAAUAUAAAAGCUAUUCCUCAAGAGUCCUAGCGCUUAAAAGGGCUCCUAAGGCGAGAUCUGCUAAGAGCAGGGAAGAGGACUUUUAGUGGCUUAGGAGUUACCCUAAGCAGCUGCACAAAAUGGCCAACAGAGGAGGCAGGAGAGAUGUCCUGCAAACACUGGAUGACAGGGAAUUAUUGAGACGCUACAGAUUGGAUCGUGCAGGAAUCAUGUUUGUGGUGGAUCUCCUUAGAGAUGCAAUUACUUCACCAACUCGACGCCACAACGCUAUUACACCGGAGAAGAAAGUAAUCACAACCCUGAGGUAUUUGGCAACAGGGAAAAUGCAACAAUGCAGCAGUGAUGACUUGGGUCUGUCCCAAUCCUCCGUCAGCAGAGUCAUCACCCAAACACUGACAGCUUUGUCACAACCUAAUAUUGUGACACAAUUUGUUUCAUUCCCGCUGGAUGCCUGCACUUUACACACACAUAAAAGGGCAUUUAUGGACAUUGCAGGAUUCCCUGGCGUUGUGGGUGUAAUUGAUGGAACACAUGUGAGAAUAAUUGCGCCAUCAGAGGACGAGGCUGUCUUUGUUAACAGGAAGAAUUUCCACAGCAUCAAUGUGCAAAUAGUGUUCAAUGUGGCCUGGAAGAUUUUGGACAUUGUGGCUAAAUGGCCAGGCUCCACACAUGAUGCGAGAAUGCUCUCCGAGAGUGGCAUCAGACAGCUUUUUGAGAGACGCUAUGUGCCAGCUAAUUGCCACUUGUUAGGGGACAGUGGCUACCCAUGCAAACCAUGGCUCCUUACACCUUACCUCCAGCCACGCCAAGGGCCCCAACUAAACUAUAACAGGGCCCACAAGACAACAAGAGCGGUGGUGGAGCGUGGCAUAGGCCAGCUUAAGAGGCGCUUUCAUGUUCUCCACGGAGAGGUGCGGCUGAGGCCUGAAAAAAUUUUACUGCACAUCACCUGCAACUGUUAA